CGCCAUGUUCGUCUGUUUUUCCAUGAUUCACAGGUAUCGGCCUCGGAACAGAUCUUGCCGAAGAUCGUCGAACGCUGCCGCAGCACAUCCAAAUGCCGAGAGGAAUGUACGAAGGGAAGUUUGAUCUCUACAGGGGCCUUGCAUGUUUAUGCAUGUUUACCUCCUUGCAUGUUGUUGUAUUAUUCAGGGAUUGCAUGUUGUUGGGAAAUCCUGUCUUGCAUGCGCCAGAUUUCUUCUCCAUCUCUGAUUUUGAUAUCCACUUCAUCUUCCUGCAGCGGACUGCUCAGCCAACAGAUCCGGACUUCUUCUCCAUCUCCUGUGCAUAUUCCUCGAGAGGUCGCCGGCCCGGAAUCUAUUACACGUGGGAGGAGUGUCGUCAACAGGUUGAAGGAUAUUCUUCAGCGAUCUUCCGUGGCUACAAAUCGGCGUCUGAGGCAUUUACUCAAUGGACAGCUUUCUGCGAUGUGUCGGCUCAACAGAAGAUAGGAGUGGGAGAGGUGACAGUGGAUUAUGACAACAUGGUCUCGACACAUGGACCACUUUAUUUUGCCGGUUGUAGCAACGAUCCUAUAGGGAGCUCUAGAUCAGCAUCAUAUGACUAUCAGCCCAAUGUCGGGCACGGGACAGAGGGAGAUAGCGUUGAAGAGACGCCUGGUGCACUGGAGGCGUUGAUGAGGAUGAUAAUCGGUUGCUUGAUUAUUAUCCUCGCCAUUUAUCUCUUCCCGUGUCACAUCAUAUGACUGUCAGCCUUAGGUUGUGUUUGCUUCGUUUUUAUGGACGUUUUGGGAUAUGUUUUUGGACAAUGAUUUACUUCCUUGUAGUAAAGGGACUAUGUUUAAACGAAUGGUUUGUGAUUAAAUGCUGGACUUGUCAUUUGCAUGGUCAAUUGCUAUAU